CAAAGUUAGAGAGAAGGACAAAGUAAUGCAAAAUCAUAUAGUGUUGGAUAUAUAAACACUACAUAAAAAUGAUUCCAUGUCUACACUGUAAACUUAAUGCAGUUUGCCGGAAAUAAUGCCACUGACAGCCCAGGAACAAAGACCUCCCCCUUUCAGCACCCUCCCUGCCUCUGAGGUCACAAAGGCCCUUUACACCAGUUUCAGUUCCCUUUUCCUCUGCCUUUUGGCAGGGACAAGCCAAGGAAGAUGGCGGGAAAGAUGACCGCCCCUCCGCCGCCCUUUGGCCCCUCGGCCCCCCCGCCUUCCUACGAAGAGACUGUUGGCGGCAACAAUUCGGCGCACGGUCCCCCUAAAGGGGGGCUGCCCCCGCCUUACCCCCAGCAACACGGCCCGGCCAUUUAUGUCGCGAACCAAUUGGUCUUCCAGGACCGUCCAGUGCAGAUGACCUGCCCCUCCUGCCGACAGCUGAUCGUAACACGGAUUGAACACAAGGCUGGCACUUUGAGCUGGAUCUCCUGCGGGACCCUCUUCCUCUUGGGGUGCUGGGCCGGCUGCUGCCUGGUUCCCUUCUGUGUGGACGCCUUUCUGGACGUGGAUCACUUCUGCCCCAACUGCCAGGCCGUCCUGGGAUGCUAUAAGCGCCUCUGAGGCCCCUUCCCUUGCACGUCCGUUUCUACCGCAGCCGCCUGCCUUGAUUGCGCUCCAGAAGACUAGACUCUGGGGGAAAUCCAUAAUCAAUAACCCCAGCCUCUUGUUUCCAAUAAAGACGGGACUGAGUCACA